AUGGCGGCGCCAGGCCUGGGGGUUGGGGCGGCCUCGGGCGGCGCUGGCUGCAGCGGGGCCGGGGCCGGGGCCGGUGGCGGCGGCGGCGGCGCCGGUGCGGGCGCGGGAUACGGAUCGGCCGGGGCCGGCGGCCGGCUGCCCAGCCGGGUGCUGGAGUUGGUGUUCUCGUACCUGGAGCUGUCAGAGCUCAGGAGCUGCGCCCUCGUGUGCAAGCACUGGUACCGCUGCCUGCACGGCGACGAGAACAGCGAGGUGUGGCGGAGCCUGUGCGCCCGCAGCCUGGCAGAAGAGGCUCUGCGCACUGACAUCCUCUGCAACCUGCCCAGCUACAAGGCCAAGGUACGUGCUUUCCAGCAUGCCUUCAGCACUAAUGACUGUUCCAGGAAUGUGUAUAUUAAGAAGAAUGGCUUUACUUUACAUCGAAAUCCCAUCGCUCAAAGCACUGAUGGUGCAAGGACCAAGAUUGGUUUCAGUGAGGGCCGCCAUGCUUGGGAAGUGUGGUGGGAGGGUCCUUUGGGCACUGUGGCAGUGAUAGGAAUUGCCACUAAACGGGCCCCCAUGCAGUGCCAAGGUUAUGUGGCAUUGCUCGGAAGUGACGACCAGAGCUGGGGCUGGAAUCUUGUGGACAAUAAUCUGCUACAUAAUGGGGAAGUCAAUGGCAGUUUCCCACAGUGCAACAAUGCACCAAAAUACCAGAUAGGAGAAAGAAUUCGAGUCAUCUUGGACAUGGAAGAUAAGACAUUAGCUUUUGAACGUGGGUAUGAGUUCCUGGGUGUUGCCUUUAGAGGACUUCCGAAGGCCUGUUUAUACCCAGCAGUUUCUGCUGUGUACGGCAACACAGAAGUGACUUUGGUUUACCUUGGAAAACCUUUGGAUGGAUGACAGUGGCUUUCUUGGGAUGAAAGACAUUGGAGAAGAGAUCUACUUGUGGGAAGUAGAAUCAUGAAAUGAUAAUAUCAUGUGUGCAUGUUCAAGAAACAUCCUAAAAAACACAUGAAGUAAACUGGAGAAGCAACUCUGCAGCAGAGAUUAUCUUAAUGUUUCCUCUUUCCACUGGGCCAGAAAAAUCCUCAGGGUUGCAGUUGGUUGAGUGGGCAGUUGACAUAUGCAUGUUGCAACAGAUUUGUCUCUAAGCUAGCAAUGUGUUAUUUCCAACUUUAAAGGUGAGCUUUUAAAGAUGCUGUAAAAGGAUAAGAAAAAGCAAGAUUGUUAAGUGGUUUGUUUGUAAAGAAAGAUUUAUCCUAUCUUACAACUGCCUGUUCUUUCUCCAGUCCCUUUUUUCCCCAGCCAGCUUGACUAUUAGAAAAGUAUGAAACUGGUUGGGCUUUAUUUAAUAUUUUUAAUAUAUUGAGAAGCAUGGUCUGCCUGGACUGCACUUCUCUAGCAAUGAGAAAUAAAAUCGUGCAGCUAUUUUAAAAGUUGUAUAUACAAUAUGUGUGUAAAAAAACUGUUAAAAAUGGACAAAGGGGUUGCUUUGUUCUAGUUCAACUCUUAAAAAUCACUACAUGGUACAGAAUUAGAUUAACAUUUGGGGACAAUACAAAAAGGAUUUUAAGAGGAAUUGUUGUGUUGGUUCAUUUGGUAUUAUUUUGGGCUUAUAGUCCUCAUAGCUGUUACACUCUUUUUUUUUUUUAAGGUAGAGUCUCACUCUAGUUCAGGCUAACCUGGAAUUCACUAUGCAGUCUCAGGCUGGCCUUGAACCCACAGUGAUCCUCCUACCUCUGCCUCCUGAGUGCUGGGAUUAAAGGCGUGCGCCACCACGUCUGGCUACUGUUUUGUUUUUUUCUUUUAAACAGUCAAAAUUAUAGUAAAGAUUUCUCAAUUGGCUAAAAACUGAAGGAAGGCAAAUUUUUCUAAUAUACAUUUAUCAGUAAGGUUGUGCUAAACAUAAUGGUAAUGUGCAUUUUUUGACAUCUAGUUUUGUUUCAUUUAAUUGGCCUGAGAAAACUCAACACAGAACAAUGCUGUGUGCUCUUACAGUCCUUAAACACGAGAGCUAUUAGUCAUAAACUCUAGGAAAAGAAAUGAUUAAUGGUUCUUUUAUUUUUUAACUUUAUAAUGCUAUAGAUGUUAUAAAGAAUUUUUAGUUUCAUAUUGUUUACAUGCAACAAUCUAAGCCUCAAGCUCUUCUCUGGGGCUAUCAACAAAAUGUUUACUCACCAGUUUGAAAGAGUGCCAGCCUGAACCCAGGUUAAGAAUACUCUUAAUCUCAUUACAGGUAAUUGCCCCCAUGGGACUUGAAAUACAAACCUUGUGCUUAAAACUUCAGGUUGACAAUAUUUUGAAAGUUUCAUUGGAGAAAAGUUUAACAUCAUUUCCUAUUUUGACUGACAAAUGUUUUCACUAAUACUUUGUUGAAUUAAUAAUCUAACACACAUGAGCUGAGAUUUUUCUUUUGUUAGAAGAGAAACAGGCAUCAUCUUUCUGUAUGAAAGUAUAAAUUAUAUGGUUUACAUACAUAAGAAUUGAUGAAGGCAAGUGAAAUCUUUGUACUUUUCAGAUUAUUGCUGUAUGUAUAUUUUGUUUAAAUCUAUUAGAGUUUGGGACAGUGAGCAUCUUGCUGAGGUUGUUAAGGUCUCUCUCUUAGAGUUAAAAUUACCACUACUGCUAUGAAGCAGGAGAUUCCAGCCAUAGGACAAGGAUUUGUAGAUGCCACCUGAAAGGUUUACAAGUAUUUGAUUGUGUAGUUGGUUUGUUGUUUGAAAAAGAGAAAUUUGUUAAAGAUUCUUUUUGAUAUCUAUGUCAAAAGGAAACCUGUACAGAGUGGAAUGACAUGUUAAAUGUAUUAGAGAAUAUAGCUAUCAUGGAAGCUGAUUUUUUCUUGGCAUAGAACAACCCAAUUUGACAAAGUGUAAAAUUUGAGUAAUAGAUGAGUGAAAAUUGGUUCAAAUGAGGAUGGAGUAGUUAGAAAGUGGUACAGUCCUUUAAGUACUUGUUGCAUUUUCAGGCUGUUAUCUGGCUAAUUCCACAAACUUUUGCUGAGUUUUGUUGAUGACUUCUGUUUUUUCUCAUUAGUAAAUAAUUCAUUUGCAACAAUGUUUUGAAGGUGCUGAUUGGAAGACAAAACACAGUUAUUCAUUCCCAGAAUCAAGUAAUUGUCUAUUUAAGAAGCCUUUCUUUUCCCUUUUUAUUUCAUUAUUUUUAAGACAAGUUCUUAUUGUGUACUUCAGGCUGUCGAGCUCACAGUGACAUACCUGCUCCUGUAUCUCAAAGAUACAAGUGUUCCUAGUUGGGAUAAACAUCAGGGGAUGGAGAGCCUUUAUUCAUAAUUUGAUCCUAGUGACCAGUAGUGGCUGUCCAGACCAUGAGGACAAACUGCUCAGUGUUCAAGGGGACCUGGUUCUCACUGGUGCAGAGAGUGAGUGGGGAGAAGACAUUCGUACCUGAAGACUGAGUGUCACUCACCUGAACCAAUGCUUCUCAACCUUGGCUCUAUUUUGGAGUGAGUUUAGAAUGAUUUUUUUUUUUAAAGUAUCUAAACUUGGGUCCCAUACCCUAAAAUCCUGAUGUUGGCACUGGGAUAUGUCCUGAUCAUAAUUUUUAAAUUUUUUCAGGUGAUAUCAGGUGAGAACACUUGUUCUAAAAUUCACCUGUAAUCUCAUCUACAAAUUAAAAAAUUCUUGUUCCCUCCCUUCACUACCUCACAAGGAUAUUGAGAGUGAAAUAAAACAAAAAUAAUGGGAAAGUGCUUGUGCUAUGGAUGAAAACAUGCUGUUAAAAGGAAAAACAUUUGUUCUAUUUCAACUGCACCUAUAAUGAGGAAAAAAAUGUGCAGUUGAAUUUCCUGUGUUGCCUUGGGAAACUGGAAGCACUUGGUUCUUUAAUGAAGCAUGCAGGUGUGAACACAAACAUUAAUUACGAUUACUCUUAAUUUCUACUAGGGUCUUCUGUCAUACUUGAGGUUGACUUUUAAUUAUCUGGUUUUACAUAGGAAAGAAGAAAUAUUAAGGCUUAAAUUCUGUAAUGUUCAUGGACUCAUAAUUCAUUAAAAAUUUUCAUACAAGGACUCUUGUGGUUAAUAGAUGUCAUUUCAUAGCUGCCAUUAUUUUUUCAUUGUUUGACUUUUGAACAUUAAAGCCAUUAAUCUCA